CUACAGAAUGCCUUCCAGAAGGACAUCGUAUUCUCCAUCAUGCCUAUCGUAGCAUCAAUUUUGAUUCUCUGGAAUUGCAGGAAAAAGCCAUUCAGGACAUGAUUUGUGAUCAUUCCCUUCCACAAGGCUGGUAUCGCUUCAUGAUUGAAAACAAGCCUGCAGAAAUGCCAACUAGGUGUAUCGAAAUGAACAAAUGUGGAACACAAGCCCCAAUCUGGCUCUCCCUUCAAUCAGCUUCUCUCCCACGUCCUGGAGAGAGAAAGGCACUGACUGCCUGCGCAACCUGGCAAUUCUUUUCUGGAAGCACCAAAGACUGUUGCCUCUUCCAAAUCCCCAUCUCAGUUAGACAUUGUGGGGAGUUCCUUGUUUAUCUCUUGCAACCUACUCAAGGGUGCAUGGGCUACUGUGCAGAAGAAUCACAGCUCAACUCUUUUGAUCCCAAAAGGACUGAAUCAGAAGACAUCAUUCAAGGGAAAUUCCAAAUUCCAGUUUUACACCCAGUUGUUACUCCUGAGCUUUUGGGGUCCCAGGUCUACCUAAAAUGCACUUUCAGCAGUCUAACUUCAAAUUGGGCUAUAGGCUAUACAGUGAUCUGGUCACGACUUUCUACAUCCAAUGUGAAAGAACAGCUUCAUCAUGACACAACUGUGCAGACAUUCUCCUAUGUGGAGAUGGAUGGAAUUAAUUUCAGAUUGGGAGAUACGGUCUUUUGCACUGUCACAGCUUUUAGGUGGGACUCAGCUGAUCGUCGCUCUUCCCCUGAAGAAAGCGAUGGAUUCUACGCUGGAAUCAAGUUUGUACCAGAAUCUUUACAAAUUGCAGAGGAUGGAAAGGAACAUAUUUUGACAAUCUUAAGUACCAUUCCUAUUACAUGUUUGGCCCAGGAUGACAUCUGUAAAAUUACUUUACAGCUAAGUACUCAGAUUUCCGCUAACUUGUUAGAAAGGACACCGAACAUAGCCCUUUCAACAUGCCACGUGGAUCUGGAACAAAGGCCCUGCCAAGAAAGCAGCUGUGCAAGAGCAACACUUGCUGUGAAAGCUGUGAAUGACUUUGUAGAAAAUGGAAACUUUAUCAGUUAUAUCACAGCUAAGCCAGUUCAGCCAAGAAAAUUUCUGUGGCAUGAUUAUAAGCCCAUGGAUGUCAAGGUCACAGUUCAAGACAUCCCUACAGGUUACUGCUACUCUUUCACAGAUCCACACAUAAUCACAUUUGAUGGACGGCAUUACAGUAACUACAUGAUUGGAACUUUUGUCUUAUACAAGAGCCUUAGCCGUCUAUUUGAGGUGCAUGUACGUCAGUGGGACUGUGACAGCCACCAUACUGCCAUUGCCUGUAACUGUGGUGUUGUUGCACUAGAAGAUAAUGAUAUUGUUAUUGUUGACAUGUGCAACAGGCAAUUUCUGGAAACCAAAUCUCAGGUGAUAAUACAAAACAUCAGAGCCUCAUCACAACAAAAUGUCAAAAUCCUGAAGUCCUAUGGAGGAAAAAAAAUCACUAUCUUGUUCCAUUCAGGAGCCUUUGUUCGAGCUGAUCUUAAUGACUGGGGAAUGAGUUUGACAGUAAGGGCACCGAGUAGUGACUUUAACAGGACCAGAGGUUUAUGUGGCACUUUUGACAGAAAUAGUCAGAAUGACUUCCACAGGGCUGAUGGGAGCUCUUUAUUUUCUCGCCAGAAUAGCACAACUGAGGAGAACUUCAUAGAAGCCUGGAGGAUAGCUCCAGGAAUGAGCCUGUUUGACAACAUUCCCUCCUCCUCGAAAUGGCAAAAGACAGAACAUUUCUGUUUAUGUCAGACAGAGCCUGACUCAAACUUGCAACCUUUAAAUUCUCUGCAUACUUUUUGGAAUUCUCCCCCACAAUCUUUGGAUUGCCACGAUGAGAAAAUUUAUUACACUUCCAUAAUUCCAUAUCUAGAUGUCACAUCCGAUUAUGUCAUUCACCUGAAAGCAGAUCCUUUAUUAUAUGACGAGCAAAGUGUUGCUAGUAUCUCUAAUAAUUGGGAAGAUCUCCAAAGAGAAAAAAGGCAAGGCUCUUUGGAAUAUUCACCUGUUUCCUCUUUCCAAAGUCCAACUGACUUGGAAAGUUUUUCAUAUUUUUUCCCAGAAGAUUAUUUUGAAGGGAAGUGGCCAAACAUUCAGACUACGUGGCCAACUCCAAGUGGCCUGACCUCAGCUGAAGUCUUAACACAUUGCAAGACAUUGCUUGAAAAUUCUGCCAUUGGCUCAGCUUGCAAAAGGUUUCUUGGCACCCAACUCGACGUGGCCAUUGAACUGUGUCUUUCAGAUGUGCAGAUUAAGGAUGAUCUCAAAUGGGGAGAAUUACUUAUUCCAUUUUUGGAAAAUGUCUGUGAAAAAAAGGUCAUUUUAGAAAAUGUAACUGAAUAUGAGAUACCUGCUAUCCAUCACAAAAUUAUCACAGCACUGAGAUGUCCCAACCUCUGUAAUGGCCAUGGACAGUGCACUAUAAGGGGCUGUCAAUGUUUUGAAGGCUACACCUCCUAUGACUGUAGAAUUGCCAAAG